UGCAUUUAAAGUUUUCCCCCCUUGUUUUAUAGGUAAACUGCUUCUAUGAUCUGAAGUCAGCAGCUAUAAACCAUAGAUGGAGCCAAGGAACAAUGUGACUUACUUUGUCCUCUUGGGCUUCACACAGAAUCCAAAGGAGCAGAAAGUACUUUUUGUUCUGUUCUUGUUCUUCUACAUUUUGACCAUGGUGGGCAACCUGCUCAUUGUAGUGACUGUCACUGUCAGUGAGACCCUGGGCUCACCAAUGUACUUCUUUCUUACUGGCUUGUCAUUUAUAGAUAUCAUUUAUUCUUCAUCCAUUUCCCCCAGACUGAUUUCAGACUUGUUCUUUGGGAAUAAUUCCAUAUCUUUCCAAUCUUGCAUGGCCCAGCUCUUUACAGAGCACCUUUUUGGUGGGUCAGAGGUCUUUCUCCUGUUGGUGAUGGCCUAUGACCGCUAUGUGGCCAUCUGUAAGCCCUUGCAUUAUUUGGUUAUCAUGAGACAAUGGGUGUGUGUUGUGCUGCUGGUAGUGUCCUGGGUUGGAGGAUUUCUGCACUCAGUAUUUCAACUAAGCAUUAUUUAUGGGCUCCCAUUCUGUGGCCCUAAUGUCAUUGAUCAUUUUUUCUGUGAUAUGUACCCUUUAUUGAAACUGGUCUGUACUGACACCCAUGUUAUUGGCCUUUUAGUGGUGGCCAAUGGAGGACUGGCUUGCACUAUUGUGUUUCUGCUCUUACUCAUCUCUUAUGGUGUCAUCUUGCACUCUCUCAAGAACGUUAGUCAGAAAGGGAGGCGAAAGGCCCUCUCAACCUGCAGUUCCCACAUCACUGUGGUUGUCUUCUUCUUUGUUCCCUGUAUUUUUAUAUAUGCUAGACCUGCUAGGACCUUCCCCAUUGAUAAAUCAGUGAGUGUGUUUUAUACAGUCAUAACUCCAAUGCUAAACCCCUUAAUCUACACUCUGAGAAAUUCUGAGAUGACAAGUGCUAUGAAGAAGCUCUGGAGAAGAGACCCCAUAUCAAGUAGUACAUAAGUGAGUUACCCACCAUGAACAGAGUUAUUUGACUUUACAGUCUGUUUCCUUGGGACCC